AUUUCUACGACCCGGUGAAGUGAAAGUCAAGUUAUUUGGCGCAUCCGGCUCCUGUGAGGUGGAGGAAUGAAGGGAGAGCCAUGAUGCAGCAGCAAGUUGGGGCCAAACUCCGGCGCCAAGUCUUCCGGGGAGCCGGUUACCUGUAUCACGCUCAGUCCUCCUCCUGCCUUUCCACAACGGAGGAGCUUUUCUUAGAUGCUGCAGAAUACGGCAACGCUUCCGAAGUGAGGCGGAUGCUAGAGGAGCUGCCGGAGCUCAACGUCAACUGCAUGAACUACAUGGGCCAGAAUGCGCUGCAGCUGGCGGUUGCCAAUGAGCAUUUAGAGGUGACUAAGCUCUUACUGAGGAAGAAGGACCUCUCCAGAAUAGGAGAUGCCUUGCUGUUAGCCAUCAGCAAAGGCUACAUCCGUAUAGUGGACGCCAUACUGAGCCAUCAAGCCUUUGCAAACGGAGAGAGGCUGACCAACAGACCCAGCCAGGUGGACACACACGAUGACUUCUUUGCCUACGACGAGGAUGGCACGCGUUUCUCUCAAGACAUCACUCCAAUCAUCCUGGCCUCCCAGUGCCAUGAGUAUGAAAUCGUGCACAUACUUCUGAUGAAGGGGGCCCGCGUGGAGCGGCCCCAUGACUACUUCUGCCAGUGCAGGACCUGCAGCGAGCAGCAGAGGCAUGACUCUUUCAGCCACUCACAAUCGCGCAUCAACGCGUAUAAAUGUCUGGCUAGUCCGGCAUAUCUGUCUCUCUCCAACGAAGACCCGGUGAUGGCGGCUCUGGAGCUGAGCAACGAGCUUGCAGUACUGGCCAACAUUGAGAAGGAGUUCAAGAAUGAUUACAAGAAACUAUCCAUGCAGUGCAAAGACUUUGUGGUGGGAGUCCUGGACUUGUGUCGAAACACAGAGGAAGUGAAGGCCAUCUUAAACGGGGACAGUGAAUCAUGUCAAAGCUCGGAGACCUUGGGCAGACAGAACCUUAUCAGGUUAAAACUUGCAAUAAAAUAUGAAGUUAAAAAGUUAGGGAAGCUCAUGUGUGGACCUUUCCUGAAGUUUGUGGCCCAUGCAGCCUCCUUCAUAAUGUUCCUUUGCCUGCUGGUCCUGAACGCGGCGGAUCGUUUCGGGGGAACGUCGCUGCUGCCCAACAUGACCAUCCACGAUCACCCCUCGCAACUGUUUCGUAUGAAGACCACCCGCUUCACCUGGAUGGAGAUUCUCAUCAUAUCCUGGGUCAUAGGGAAGAUCUGGGAAGAAUGUAAAGAUAUUUGGUCGCAGGACAUCCGGGAAUACAUCUCAGAACCCUGGAACCUUCUUGACUUUAGUAUUUUGGCCAUUUUCAUGACCUCUUUCGUUGCCAGAUUAAUGGCUUUCUGGCAUGCAUAUUCUGCCCAGUGUUAUGUUGACAAGCACCACACUGACCUGUCCAGCAUAACCUUGCCCUCUGAGAUACAGUACUUCCAGCUGGCCCGAAUCAACUGGAUGCCCUCUGACCCGCAGCUUAUUUCUGAGGGCCUCUACGCAGUCGCAGUGGUGCUCAGUUUCUCCCGCAUUGCAUACAUCCUGCCCGCCAAUGAGAGCUUCGGGCCAUUGCAGAUCUCUCUGGGCAGAACAGUGAAAGACAUCUUUAAGUUCAUGGUGAUUUUCAUAACGGUUUUCGUGGCUUUCAUGGUGGGAAUGUUCAAUCUGUACUCGUACUACCUCGGAGCCAAGCACAACGAUGCCUUCACAACGCUCGAAGAGAGUUUUAAAACGUUGUUUUGGGCCAUCUUCGGCUUGUCGGAAGUGAAAUCAGUGGUCAUUAACAUCGACCAUAAGUUCAUUGAGAAUAUUGGCUAUGUUCUGUAUGGAGUGUACAACAUCAUCAUGGUGAUCGUCUUGCUCAACAUGCUCAUUGCCAUGUUCAACAGCUCCUUCCAGGAAAUAGAGGACGACUCUGAUGUUGAGUGGAAGUUUGCCAGAGCAAAGCUUUGGUUCUCAUACUUUGAGCCUGGUGGCACACUGCCCGUCCCCUUCAACCUGGUCCCCAGCCCCACGUCUGUCAUCUCCCUCUUGCUGGGGCUCAGGGAGUUUCUCUGGGAUGUACCUGAAGGCAGAAGCCGAGAAAAUUCAAACAAUGAGAUGGAGCUCAACAAGGUGAGGCAGCCGCUGCUGACACGGAUGAUAAUUCAACUGAGGCAACAGGAAGAUCUGAGUGUGGAAGCAUCACUUUGUCCAACCCGUCACCAAAAUAUAAUAAACCGCCUCAUCAAAAGAUAUAUCGUAAAAGCCCAGAGAGAUAAAGACAAUGAUGAAAUUAAUGAAGGUGAACUGAAGGAGAUCAAACAGGACAUCUCCAGUCUCCGCUAUGAGCUGCUGGAAAGGGCGAACCACGACAUGUACACGCUGGCAAAGCUCAUUAGCCAACUGGGAGAAGUCAUGCAAGCUCGCCAGAGAGGAGAGAAGAAGAAUGAGCUCGCUACACUGUCUUGAAAACUUAAAAAAGAAAAAGAUUUGAGAUGUAUUUACAUGACACGCUGUACUCUUCUCAUUAACGAGGAAUUCAGUGGAAGUCAAAGGGCCGUUAGCCACAGAUAUGUUUUUGGACACAAGCAACUGAUGAAAAUGGAUAUUCUAUCCAUGACCCCCCGUCCCAUCCCUGAGAGUAAGUGGAGCUACCUUUGAGGGGAACUCAAAUUCUCUUUGUCCCUGUAUCUGUACAGUUAGUCACAUGGUGGCACUAAUGGAUUUUUAAAAAUCUUGUUUCCAUAAUAUGCACUAAUGACUGCUAACAUAUGCUGAUGCUGCCUGUUACCAGCUGUUUGUGUGGUUUGCUUUUGAGGCGAUCUUUUUAGAGAUUUGUAGAGAAGCCAUUUAAAUAAAUAUACAUAAAAAAAGAAGCAUAUGUUUGGAU